AUUUUGUGAGGGCAAUGAGAUCUUUUUGAGAAUCUUCUUUUUGUAGAAUUAAUUGAAUUGCCUCCAGAUCGCCUGAUCAUUCCAAGCGUCAGUCAGAGAUGACGAACUAACUAGCUAGCUAGCUGGAUGGAGUCACCAUGGACAUGGACAAGACAGCUUCGAGGGACGGGUCGAUAGGACAAGAUGAUGAUCGCAAGAUCCGUUUGUUCGUGUUGAAAUGGGGCACGGCCAUGCCACAAUCGAGAAUUGACAGUCUCGUCCGCACCGCCCAAGACAAAGGAGCCACGGUCGUUUCCGACUUUGCAGCGCGUCUUACGCCCGCUCAACGCAAAGUCGCCAACAAGAAAACGAGAAAGCGACAGCGACAAUUGGAUCGGAUUCCACUCCCCACCCAUUUGGUACUCGACGAAAGUCUGACCAUGGAACGCGCUGCACAAGUCUUGCAGUUUGCGUCGGUUGACGACUUUUCCGAGUUUCUUCACAAGCAUCAGAUCCAGUGCGCUCUGCCGACAUGGAUCACAAGAACCAAGGGCAAGCUUCCGGCACAGUUGCCACGGGAACAUCGAUGGUGGAAAAUCAAUCUCAGCUCUCCUAGCAAGCGCCAAAAAUAUUCUCAAUCAUCUCAACAAACCAGCACCACGUUGUCACAACUACAACAACAACCAGCCGCAAAAGAACACGAAGAGAGCGACGAGGAAGAAGCCAACCCAAAACGCAAAAAUGGAGGUGUAUUCCCCAACAAUUUCCUCGUCAUGACCAAACUUCGAGAAUUGUCCCGCCUCCAUCAAAAAUGCCCAUUGCUGAAAGAAGAUGUGUGGAGGGGAUACACGUACGAUCGGGCCGCCGGUCGCAUUCAAAAUCUCGAUUUUGAGGUCACACUCGAUCCCACCGUCCAAAGUAUGAUUGCUCGGAUUCAUGGCAUUGGUCCUGCCACACAAGACAAAAUUUGUCAAAUCCUACAAACCGGAACCAUUGAUCGCAUUCAAGAAUUUCAAAAGAGUCCCGAACGAAACGCCAUGAAAGUCAUGAUGGCAAUCUGGGGAGUUGGAAGAGUUCUGGCAUCCCAGUUGGUACAAGUGUACAAAUUCCAAACCAUCCAGGACGUCUGUCAUGCUUUGGCGACCAAUCGACUCGAGAUGGAGCGCAACCAGCGGAUCGGCGUCGAUUGUCAUCAAGAUUUCAAAGAUCAUAUGGAUCGAAGCGAAGUCGAAGAAAUUGGCAAAAUCAUUGAAACGGCAAUGCGUCGACAUUUCAACUACGACAGCAACAACAACAAUAAUAACAGCAACAAUCCACUGGAAAUUACAAUCAUGGGAAGCUACCGACGAGGCAAGGCGGAAUGUGGGGACGUGGAUGUGCUCAUUACACACAAGGACUACGUCAAAACGGUCCCGGAAACCGUCUUGGGGGAGAUGGUCGAAGAACUAUUGGAUGAGGGACACAUGGCCUAUCAUUUGACCUUUAUUGCCGGGAUGAAACUACGCAGCAAGGACAAUGGGGACUAUUGCAAGGGAGGGUACAAUGCGGACGAUGGCGAUAAGGUGGUCCAGAAAUCAUCGACAACCAAAAAACAUGCUGGGUCGUCCUACAUGGGAGUCUUUUACUCGCCCAAGGUUCCUGGAAGACGACGGCGCGUGGACAUCAAGUUCUACCCGUUCCGGGAACGAGCGUUUGCUUGGAUUCAUUUUACAGGUUGUGGGUUCUUCAACCGGUCCAUCCGAUUGUAUGCUGAAGUGAAAAAGGGCCUCAAAUUGAGCGAUCACGGCUUGUACAAUGCCAAGGAAUGUGUCCAGGAGAGAGUCCUGGAAGCCAGCACGGAGAGGGACAUCUUUGAUUACCUCGGAUUAGAGUACAAGGAACCGCAUGAACGAGAUUCUCACGACGCUGUGGUCUUCGAUGAUGGAUUGGGAGAAACUGCUGCAAAGUCCAAGUUUUUGGCAGAUGUGGAUGCCUAUGAUUGGAUUGACUAGCAAGCAUGCCGGAGAAGACGACAGCCACAACUGGCCUUGACCCGCCCUGUGAUUUUAAACAGACAUAAGACAUGUAGCUUCUGUACAAUACUUAAUCUUUCAUCAAACAGCACCGAUUCAAGAUGGCCGGUUAGCGAGGACCCAGAAUGUGCCAAAUUGCUCUUGAACAGGACAACUCAACUCUACCGGUAGUCUACCAGUAUCAAAUAAACGAAAGCACCCGUUUUGCCUUGCUGGUAGUGGAUGCAAGAGUUGCUGAUGACAGUGUGCAGCUGAGAACAAGAGGCUUAGCUUAUUAGGAGUUGCAAGAUCGACCCUAUGCAACACCACUUGGGUACAGUGGCAGUACCACUGGCAUCCAAGGCAGGUUCUCGUACCGAUACUGUCCUUUGACCGACAUAUUGUAAAGAAAACACACUGAGGACCAAGUAAGCAAGUGUGAACCAGCAAUCUCACAAGACGAAGCUUGAGCAGUAGGCCAAACAACUAGCGCUGGUAGCUUGAAGCAGCUUCAUCUAUGUUCUGUUUUAAGUCUAUGCGCUAUGGAACACGCUACUCCA